AUAACCACAAUGAAGAAGAAGAAGGAGCUAGCGGCUAGCAGCUAGCAACUGGAAGCUGUUGCCACAGUUUACAGCUCAAUGUUGGAGAACCGCGCAGGGGACGGACUGCUGUCGAGAGGCGGUGCCUCGGGUCACUGUUGACGAAGCUCGUCGAUAAGGCUUUCACUAUGCGGCGUGGGGAGCACGCUCCACGGGCCUUCCAAGCCCCGGUGGACGUCCAUGCUAGCGCAGAUGGUCAGGUCUACAUGUUCAAUAGGAGGCCGAAUGAGUCGGCUUCAUCCUCGGACGGCGAGGACCUCGAUGUCAUGGAGAUGAGGCCGUGUGUUUUGCGAGAGCAGGAGCAGGACCGACAGAGGAACGUCCAGCUGCUGGAGCGGAAGGUGGAAGAUGGCGACAAUCUUAACAAGCUUGCGCUGCAUUACGGCUGUAAGGUGGCAGAUAUAAAGCGGGUGAACAACCUCAUGCAGGAGCAGGAUUUAUUUGCACUGACAUCGAUCAAAAUACCGGUUCAGAAACACAGCUUUUUAACAGAGACCUACACAGACAAAAAAGAAGAAGAAGUUAUGCCACAAUCAUCGACCGUGCCAGUGAAGCCUCAGGACAGAGCCCGGGGUCAACCACACGUACAGGAGGUCACAGACUUUCUGAUGGAGGUGGACAACGACAUUGAGAAAUUGAUUCAGAACACGAACAAUCAAGACGACGAUAUGUUGGACAACUCUGAGAAAGAGCAAAGGUUUGGUUUAAGAGGACAGGGCCUGACGAGUCACGGUGCCGACUGGGGCAUCCAGUGGUGGAACGCUGUGGUCGCCAUGCUCCUGAUAGGCAUCAUCCUGCCAUUAUUUUAUGUAAUUUAUAUUAAAACUAAGGAUAACGGAGUAGUUUCGCCAACAGACGAUAGUGGUGCUUUACAUUCACCUGUCACCUCUUCAAACAACUCAGGCCCGGGCCUCGGUACAAGAGGACUCGAACAUUUUCAAGAGCCAGGAUAGUUCAGACUUGUGUCUCAGGAAACCAGAGUCAAUUCAAGACAAUCGAGAUAAAGCCAAAUCUUUAAAUGAUUUAGCUCAGUGCAAUAACAGCAUGUGUCUAGUUCAGAGGAGUGAAAGUCAUUUUAUUACACUGUAACUGUGAAGAUGGAGGCAGAUACUGCAGUGCAGUGGAGUGACGUCUCUGCAUAUCGCUUUCGUUAUUGUGACAAUAUAGGACACCAGAAUUUUAGAAAACAACUUUCAUAGUGAACAGUUCUCUGAAAUCCUGAUUUCCUGAAAACCCCUGCGUGUUUGUUUGGAUCGCAGUUUUUCCUCAGGUGUUUUUACCAAAUCUGAGGUAUUUAAUGGUUGUGUCUUAUACUUCCUUCACAUGACACUAUCUGAAAAAUUGUUGUGCUCUUAUCACAAGCUGCCUCCUCAGCAAUGCAAUGUCAGUGUCAUCAUAUCUGUGUCAGGUAUCACCUAUCAGGUGUAAAUAAGUAAUAUAUUUUUAAACUGAUAAAACGAGAUGUAUUAUGUUCCCCUGCUAACAAAACUGUGUGAGGUUACACACUACUUGACGCAGGUUUGAGCGUUGUUUGUUUGUGUGCCAUUUCUCAUCUAACUUAUUUUUUGUGUCUAAUGUGUUUAGUUAUUGCCAACGCACCCUCAUGCCUUAUCUCUGGGUCUGACGAUGCCAAAAGUGUGAAUUAUGUUUACAGCAACAAUGCGGUGCAAUAUACUUUA